GAGUGCUUCCCCUUUACUUACAUGUUCGUAGCCCUUAGACACACCUGAACUAGAUCAUGAAGAUCGUCACGAAAGAAGAGCAGGAUGCACAGCAGCGCGCAACAAUUGAGGGCGGUGCAAAAGGAUUCUUCGGCGGACUGGCCUUUGCCCUACCCGCUUCCUACUUGUUGAAUAGAAGAUGGCCUUACUACCGUCACCUGCCUCCGUCUCUCAAGGCCCUUGGAGUCAUUGUUGUCGUAGUCCCGUCGUUUGUAAUUUCGGCAGAGAAAGCUGGCCAGCGUUUCGAGCGGGAACGAUGGACCGGUAUCGGCAAGUAUGAGCUCGACACCGUACAGGCUAGAGAACAGGCUCGUUGGGAUAGAAUGACCCUUGGUCAGAAAGUCAGAGAUGUCGCGAUUCGUCACCAGUAUGGUAUGAUAGGUGGUGCAUGGGCCAUUAGCAUGCUCGCCGCUUGGGGUAUAAUCAUGCGUAAUCCUUACCAGACCAUUCCACAGAAGGUUGUCCAGGCUCGAAUGUGGGCCCAGGGACUGACCAUCGGGGUGCUGAUUGCCGCAGGCGUUCUUACCCACUCAAUGCACACCAAUUUAGAGGAGGACGGUCCCGUUCGUCACCUGCCCGCUGACCACUCCUGGAAAGACAUCAUAGAGGAGGAACAACGAGAGGAUGCCGCUCAGAAAAGCCGAGAGACAUAGACAGCUUGAUAACAAGUGCUAUUUCGGAGUGCGAAUCGGAUUCACCCUUGACAAAUACCAUUGAAUGUAAUGUUUUAUCACCUUUCUCCACUGUGCAAUGCAAUCGAAAAUAGGUUUACUUCUCCCG